UGUUCAUCGAAAGUUAACCAAAGACAGAGAUACUACUCGCGAGUGUUACGAUCGUCAGCUGGAACGUAGCCAAAGCUGUCAACGAUCAGCUGAUCGUCGUGACAGCUGUUUGAUUCAUGCGAAAGGAAAGUACGAAACGAUAUUUUCAUCUGUGUUUAAAGCUUGAAUUUAUCAGAAUCAGAAAAACAAUUGGGAUAAAAGAAGGGGAGAAUAAUGCACUGUAUUAUAAAAAGAAGAAAUAUAAUAUAUUUGAGAGGAAUGUGACAAAAAUACCGGCGAUUGAUAAAUUGAAGUAAUUUUUAUGUUAUAAAAUGUCAAAUUAAUCCUCUGUAACGCUUAAAAUUGUGGCAUUAUUUAAUACAACAGUAGAAAUAAUGGCGGCAAAAGUAUAUCAACCUGAUCAAGAAUUGGAGACAAAAGUUAAAAAAGCGACUGAACGCAUAUCAGAGAACAUGCACAUUGUCGCCAACGAGCCGUCACUCGCUUUUUACAGGCUACAGGAACAUGUGAGGAAAGCGUUGCCGCCAAUGGUGGAGAAACGAGUGGAAGUGUUAGCAUUGCAACAACAAUUACUAGGCAGAUGCUACGAUGUGGAAUAUGCUGUCAGUGCCAUCAAGACCAUGCAAGGUGCUGGGAAAAGCUUUGAGAAUACUCUGGAGUUUAUAAAAAAUGCGAUAUUCUUCAAGCAACAGCUCAAGUAUGAGGAACAGAGACGACACAAAAAAGAUGGCAACAGAGAUUCUGUCUAUAAACGAUUAUCAGCACAUAUCCCAACAUUGGAUCAUUUGCCGGACGAGAUAUCCGAUGUCGUGCGUGAGACAGCGAAUCGCGUAGAGUCGAUGAUGAAUCAUGCCAGACAUUCUGGUGAAGUACAAAAAUCGGCUACCAUUCAUAAUUAAAAGUAUACGUUACUAUAACGACGUUUAGUUUUCUGUGAUAUUCCAUUCGCUAUAAUACACGAGUUUUAUACAUAAUUACACAUAUAUAAUUGGAUAUAUAUACGUAUGAAAUGCUACAGUAAUAUAAUG